AUGUCUUCUACCAGCGCGCCCGCCCUGUCCGCGUACUCGACGUGCGAGCUCUCCGACGCCCUCAUCAAGCUCGGCGCGCCGCACGGCGGGCACGUCCCCGACAUCCACCUCUUCUCGCCCGCCCCCGCCCCGCGCGACUUCCGCCUCUGCGGGCCCGCGUACACCGUGCAGAUGGUCCUCGCGUCGGACAGGCGCGCGCCCAAGCCGCCCGCGCACUUCGUCGACACCGCCCCGAGCGGGUCCGUCAUCGUGAUCAGCGCCCCUCCCCAAACGAAGAACGCCGUCUGGGGCGGGCUCAUGACUGCCGGCGCGCAGAGCCGCGGCGCGCUCGGCGUCGUCAUCUCGGGUCGCUGCAGGGACCUCUCCGAACAUCGUUCCUCCAACUUCCCCGUCUUCGCCCGAGCGCACUCGACGCUCGGCCAGUCCCCCUUCACCCGCCCCUCCCAGGUCAAUGUCCCCGUGACGAUCCACUCAGAGUCCGCCUUCCCCGCGCUCACCGUCAACCCGGGCGAUAUAAUGGUCGCAGACGAGGACGGCGUCGUGUGUGUUCCUCAGGGGGACGUGCAGAAGGUGCUCGAGCUGGCGGCACGCGGCAGGGAGGUGGACGCCAAGUGCUUGGCUGAUAUCAAGGCUGGCAAGGGUGUGCAAGCUUCGUUCAAGGAGCACCGGGGAAAGUAGGGGCUUACGAUCACAAACGGUGCAACGUGGAAUACGCAACCGGUAUAACAAAAUGUCUAUCGUCUUGAAUAAAUACCCAAAACUCUACUGAUACAUAGUGAGCUACAUGUCUGCGUGCAUAAAAUAAAUACCUGAGAUCGCCCAUACGAAAGAAAUCUACCGCUGCCCAGAAGCCUUCCCGUCUAUCGUUUCUUUCCCUUCUUGUCCUUCUGACUCUGAGGCUUCAACGAC